AUGGCAUUCAAAAUUGUUUUCAAUAGAAAAAUACAUAAGUUGCCUCUUCAUGUCACCACAGUUUAGGCUAUAAAAUCUUCAAUCGAAAAACUGUACCCUCAAAUAAAUUAGAACUAUCACAUAGUCUUUUUCUAUGAAUCAGAACCUCUUGAAGUAAGAAUUUAACUUAACUUAAAAGAUUGUUCAUGAAGAUGCAUUAGUAAUACUUUUAAAAAUUUUACAAUUAUCCUCCUAUAAGUUGUUUGUAUUUGAGAAUAAUAUUGGACAAUUAACAGAAGAAGGUACUUUUUUCAUUUAAAUAUUUAGAUCUCAAAUUUAUGGAGCAGUCUAGCAUAUACAAUGCAAGCACAAUUUAAAUAGAUUAAAAUAUAAAAUAAUAGUAAGCAAGGCAAGGUAAUUAAUAAUUUCAGUAAUAUAUUGGUUAAAUGCAUAAUCAAUAGAAACUUAAUGAAAUUGACUAGUAAUCUAUACAUUAAUAUAUGCCUUAAAUGAAGCAAUAAUAAUAAUAGUAGUAAUAGUAAUAACAAUAAUAAUAAUAAUAAUAACAAUAAUAAUAACAAUAAUAAUAACAAUAUUAAUAAUUUUAAAGUAUAUAAUAAUAAGUUUAACAACCUUAAAAUAAUUAUCAAAAUAUGUUAUAAGGAUAUUAUCCUUCCUAAAAAUAACAAAGUUAAUCUUAAGCUCCUUUGGGCCUAUAAUUUUAAUAUCCACAAAUGGAAUAAGAAGUACAAUAAGAAGCUUACUAAGUUGAGGUAGUUCAGAACUCAUAAGUUUAAAGUUAUCCUGAUAAAGAAUUUAUCUGGAAAUUAGUUUUAAAAAAUUCAGGCUAAAAAACUUGGCCUUAGACAAUGAAAAUACGAUGCAUCGAUAAUCCUUUCAAAACUUAAUAGUUACUAUUGCCUGAAGCUAUUCCAGGAUAGGUUGUUGACGUCUCAAUUUAAUUAAAGGCUCCUUAAAAAAUAGAUUCACUUUUUGUAAAUUGGGGUAUUUAUUACCUAGAAAAUACUUUGGAAUUUGCUAUAAAAUCAACAAUUUGUCUCUUCCUGGAAGUAAUAAAAGAAUGUAUUAAUAAUAUAUUAUAUCUAGAGCCUGAAUUAAGAUAUCAAGGCACUUAGAUUUUAGUUAAGGCUGAAUAAGUAAAGGCAAUAAUGACAGAUUAGAGCAUAAACUACAUAUGUAAGUUUAUAGAGAAACACAAAAUACUUUAAUAUAGAGUAGAGGAUAUAAUCAAUAAGAUCUAUGAUUAAUAAUCUUAAUAAUGA